CUUUGUCCGGCCAUCGACAUUCAUUCCACGCAGUUGCCCACGCCUGUGAGCUGCGAUUUGCGUUGUUCGGGCUAGUUUCGCCGCCCUGGCGGCUCGAGUGGUGGAGAUGAAGUGGGCGUUUUUGGAUCGCUUGAAGGCGCAUAAGAACCGCACGGAUAAGGUGGAUGCUAAGAAGACGCGUAAACGAUACAGCAAGGCUCGAUUGCUUGAUCUGCUGUGUACUAUACGUAACCGUUCGGUGUCAGGUGAUGCUGCAUCCUGCCUGAGCUUGAGUUCAACCACCGACGCCCCGUUCAGCCAGCUGUCACAUCUUACAGCUUCCUUAUCAGAGUUGCUGGAUUACCACUCAAUCGUACUGCGGCGCCCGAUACCAGUUUCAUCGUUUUCCGGUUCCAAACAUGAAUGUGUGAAUUCUUGGCCUGCUUAUUGCCCAACUUGUCAAAAUGUCGUCCUUCUGCUACCACAAAAACGCCGUAGUCGGGUUGAGGAAGCGGAACGAGAAUGCUCUCAAUCAAAACGGGUACGGUCUUGCUUGAACGAUUUGGAGCUUGCUAACCUGCGCUGGCAACUGGCUGAAGGGGACUUCGAAAAUCGAGGCCAUUUCAAUCCAACGUACGAAGCCCAUAGGACAGACAACGACAGUUCCAUCUAUUCAGAAGUCUACGAUACUGCCUGGUCAGACGACAGUAGCACCUGUUCCAUUGCUAACCGUCCGAAGUUGGUCGGAGUUCGUCGAAACCGGUCUGAUUUUCGUGGCAGCAAUCAAGAAGUUUUGGAGGACUGGUUGCUCACAGACAGGCACACAGAAGUUGUGGACCGUACGUAUGCAACUGUCUAUGUGGAUGAAGUGCCAUCGUCUGCUUUUGAUCAACCCGAAAGUGCUCUUCCUGGAGAGCCGUGGUCUUCUAGUACUUUAAAACGAAGGCCUCGACAACUGCAGGAUGAUGAUGGAACAGUCUAUGACGAAGUGGCGUCAGAGUUUGGUGACUCGUUUGACUGGUCAGUCGAUCUGGUUUCCGUACCGAGCCGUCGUCCCCGGGCGACUCUUAGAAGACGCUUGUCCGAAUCGCCUGAUCAUCCAAAUGGUCACGUGAAACGAGUGCGGCGCGAAUAUUUUGUGUGCGAGGAAUGAAUGUUAGACGAUACCUCGCUCCCCUACUUUUUCUAUAUUCGUGUUUUCUACUGGUGUUGGCAUUUCUACGCAUUUUUCACUCUUGUAACCUCUAUUCGCAUUUUGAUGUCUGCACGUUUGGUACUCCGGUCUACACACUAAUGUAAUACACGGGUGAAUUUAUUUUCGGCCGGUUCAUAGUUCUCUAUUGAAUUGACUCUUUACACGUAAUCUUAUGUUUGUCCUGUCGACUCACAGCCAGUGAUCCGAAACGAGCUUACCGGUUACUUCUAGUGUACCUGUUUUGUUUGGUGAUUCUGCUACCUGAUACUAAUUGCGAGAUUUGAGGGUUUGUAACCUCACAUCUUCCUUCUAAAAGUCAUCUUGUUAGUCUAUGCUGAAGGGAAUCACGCGAAAUGAGUUAAUCAUCCAUGCGCACAACGAACAGCAGAAACCGGGAGUCUAACUGCGAUCAUCUUAUCUACCAGCCAAGUACUACUUAACCGAUACGCAGUGGAUCAGCCUGACUUGUUUCUCUAAACGGGUAGUGCAUGUUGCUCAAUGUCUCAGGCAGCAUACUUGUAACUUUUCUAACUUCUUUUGCGAUGACCCACCCGUCUGUGGUCGACUAAACUCA